AUGGAGAUCGAAAAGACAACGACUAGGCAUAUGGAAGAGCCUGUUCCUAAGGAUGAGGGCCUAGCACGACUCGAAACCCGAUAUACCGACAAUUAUCAUGGUGUCCAUCUGAAGACAGUCUUAGUAUACAUCGCGGUAUGUCUCAUAUACUUCGUACAACUCUUCAACGUGGUCGGCUCUGGUGCGUAUGCUCGAAACAUCGCUGCUGCUAUUGGUGGUGCUGGUGAAGCAGUAUGGCUUUCUCAAGCGAUUGUGAUUGUUACUGUCGUUCUUGGUCCGCCUGCCUCCCAAGCUGCAGACUAUUGGGGUAGAAAAGUGUUCCUCGUUAUCGCAUCCCUCUUCGGCUUCGUCGGUGCCCUCAUCCUCUCUCGAGCGACCUCUAUGAAUAUGGCAAUUGGCGGGCAGGUUAUCUCUAGCGUCAUGUAUGCUGGUCAACCCAUCAUCACGGCAGUGGCAUCUGAGAUCUUUCCGAGAAAAUUCAGACCGAUUGCUCAAGGUGGCCUCAACCUUGGAGGCGCCGCAGGUGCCAUUGUUGGUAUCUUAGCAGGGUCGGCUCUUACCAACAAUCAUCUUUAUGGUUGGCGAAAUUAUUGGUACAUCGUUGCUGCUUUACUUGGUGUGUCCACGAUGAUUAUUGGGAUUCUGUACAGGCCUCCACCACGACCGUUGCAGCAAACGUUGACUCUUCGAGAAAAGCUCGCGCGCCUGGACUGGAACGCCUAUAUACUGCUGGCUGUUGGUUUGACUCUCUUCACUAUCGGUCUUUCGUGGGGUGAGAAUCCAUAUCCCUGGUCAAAUGUACAUGUGCUUGCACCUCUGAUCGUUGGCGGUUGCUUCAUCAUUGCACUGAUCGUCCACCAAACCAUUAAGAAAGAUGGUUUAAUUCACCACGAUCUCUUCAAGAACGAUCGGAAUUUUGCGGUCGCACUGGGCUGCUUCUUCGCCGACGGAAUGAUCUUCUGGGCAGCCAACAACUACUUUGCUUUCGAGGUGUCAGUUCUCUACGAACACAGUCCCAUGUUAGUGGGUCUUCGCUUCUGUGUUGCGUUCUUUGCGGCUGUGGUAGCUUCUUGCUCAGUCAUCUUUAUUACCCUUUUCACCAAGUCGGUUCGGGAGCCGAUCGUUGUAUCAUUUGUUAUGUUUAUGAUCUUCUACGUCCUGAUGGCAACAGCCAAUCUGCGUAGUGCAAAUGCUAUGUGGGGAUAUCCUAUCUUUCUAGGCAUUGGCCUUGGCUGGAGCUUGACGUACCUCGUAACGGCAGCACAACUCAGUGCACCUCCUCAUAUGAUUGCGGUGACAAGUGGUAUCCUCUUGGCUAUUCGAUCUUUCGGCGGUUCUAUUGCUCUGGCUAUCUAUACCGCUAUUUUCAACUCCAGUAUCUCUACAAAGCUUGGCGCGGGUAUCGCAGCUGCUGUACUACCGUUGGGAUUACCUCCGCCUGAGCUCGAAAGAUUCAUUGGAGCCUUAGCUAGCAACAACCAAACUGCACUGAUCCAGAUUGAAGGCGCAACACCUCAAAUUAUCGGUGCUGGUGUACAUGCUUUACAGAUCGCUUAUCUGGCCAGCUUCAGAGGUGUUUGGAUUGCUGCUGCUGUCUUUGCUGGUGUCACAGUCAUAGCGUCCUGCUUCAUCGUGAACCCGAAAAAAGACCUCAACAAUCAUGUUGAUGCGCCGCUGGAGGACUAA